AGCAGCAGGGAGAGGAGGAGGCCAGGAGUGCAGCACUGAGUGCAGCAUCAGCACCGCCUGGGACCAGGCUCUCAAGGAACAGUCAUUACCAUGAGAACUGCAGUGAUUUGCUUCUGCCUCCUGGGCAUCGCCUUUGCCCUUCCAGUUAAACAGACUGAUUCUGGCAGCUCUGAGGAGAAGCAGCUGUACAACAAACACCCAGAUGCUAUAGCCACGUGGCUCAAGCCUGACCCAUCUCAGAAGGAGACUUUCCUAACACCACAGAAUACUGUGUCCUCUGAGGAAGCGGAUGACAUCAAACAAGAGACCCUCCCGAGUAAGUCCAAUGAAAGCCCUGAGCAGUUAGAUGUGGAUGAUGUGGAUGAUGACGACGAUGGAGACAGCCAGGACACUGAUUCAAAUGACUCCAACGAGGCUGACCAGACCGAUGACUCUGACCAUUCCGACGAGUCUCAUCAUUCUGAUGAAUCUGAUGAAGUGGUCACUGAUUUUCCCACUGACACUCCAGCAACCUCAGUUUUCACUCCACCUGUCCCUACUGAAGACACAAAUGAUGGCCGAGGUGAUAGUGUGGCUUAUGGACUCAGGUCAAAAUCUAGGAAGGUCCGCAGAUCUGAAAUCCAGUAUCUAGAUGCCACAGAGGAGGACAUCACAUCACGGGUGGAGAGCGAGGAGGUGAGCGAUGCACCCAAGGGCGUGCUCGUUGCCCAGCGCCUGCACGAGGCUUUUGGCUGGGACAGCCAUGGGAAGGACAGUCAGGAGACGAGCCAGCCAGAUGACCACAGUGUGGAAACCCACAGCCGCGAGCAGUCCAAAGAACACAAGCUGCAGGCCAAGGAUGAGAGCAAUGAGCAUUCCCAUGUGAUUGAGAGUCAGGAAAAUUCCAAGUUCAGCCAGGAAUUCCCAACCCAGGAAGGCAAGCUAGUUGUAGACUUUAAGAGUGAAGAAGACACACACCUGAAAUCUCGCAUUUCUCAUGAAUUAGAUAGUGCCUCUUCUGAGGUCAAUUAAAAGGAGAAAAACACAACUUCCUGCUUUGCUUUUAAUAACAAGGAAAAAUACAUUAUAGCAGAGUAGGAGAAAAUAGCUUGGUUGGUGAGUGUACAUGUGUGUGGAUCUGGAAACAGAUCACGUUUUUGAUCCUUAGUUCCGUGUGUGGCUUCAUGGUAACCCCCUUGUAAACGAAAAGCGUCAGCGUGUAGCCUAUGUUCUUUCCAUAUAAGAAAUGCAAACCAUCACUGCAUUUUAAUGUUUGCUACUCUUUUAUGAAUAGGAGUUUAUGUGGAAGCAAGAAAAAAAUACUUUACACACUUAUAAGAGAGAAUAUAAAAUUUCAUGUUACUAUGAUCUUUUGUUUUUUAAAUUAGUGUAUAUUUUGUUGUGAUUAUUUUUG